AUGGAUCUGUCCGAGAUUCCGUUUGGUGUGCCUGUCAUUCUUCAGUCUAUUCGCAAGAACCGAAAUCUGCAGAAUCCUCUCGGGUCCAAGAAAGCUCGUUGUCUAACAGACAAUCGUGACAUCUACGAGCAGCUCGUCUUGCAUCGAGUUCGCGACGACAAGAUUGCUAUCCAGUCUGGUCACAACGGCCGCUUCCUGCAAGUUUGCGUAUCUGGGGAAUGCGUGUUUGAUCCCACUGAGGUUGGCGCGUGGGAGCUCUUUACUAUGGAGACAGACUCGAGUUGCGCUCUCUACUUCGUAUCGUGCCACACUGGAAAUGUCCUCCAGUGUGACUACAAUAAUGUGGCGAAGUGUGCGAAUCAAAACCGCCAAGAUGGGAAGGCAUGGAGAAUUGUGGAGCCCCGCUUCAAUGCUACCUUUAGCGCCACGUCCUUGCUAAUAAAGUCCACCAGCUCGUCGUCAUGUGGAAAGAAAAUUCGAGCAGAAUGUGACGAGCGUUUCGAUGGUCUUGCUAGCUCGGCAUUAGCUAUUUCGGUCGCUAAGAAGUAG